UUGGUGGAUUUUAUUUUCUGUGAUCGAAAAAAACCGUAUUUUCAUUCGUUUUUUUUUUUUGUAAUUUCUGCAUACAAGAAGAUCCAAGUAGCAAUCGGCUAUUGGAUUAUUAACGCCUAUUCCGGGUAGCAACGCGAUUUACCUUGAUUGUUAGGUGUAGGUGAAAUUUUCAGUUCUGUCAAAACGUUCCUCCCAACCUGGUUGAUCAAAUACAAAAUCCAGUGUCGCCCAGAAUGGACCGUAUGUCGAGACUUCGGAUUCGUUCGUCUGCGGGAGCGGGAUUGAAUUCCAGCUGUCAGUCGCUAGGCAACGGCGCCGGGUAUGAGACGGCAAACGACGAUAGCAUCACAUCCGGAAGUUCACUGUACUACACCAUGACCGAGGACGGAAAUGAGACAGCCACUAACAAUAUCGGUGCUUCUGCCUCAAUGGUGGAUGGAGAAAAGAAGGUGGCAAUGAAGGAAGAUACAUCGAUCGACCACACGUUGGAGAACGAUUUUAGUGUGGAGGAAGUGAGCACCAUCCGGAAGCCGAUGAUUAUGGUGGCAUCGCCAGCGACGGUCAAAGUGGCCAGCAAGAUGAGCUGCAAGUACUUGGGGGUGUCUUCAACGCCGGCCAAAGCACUGCGGAGUGUUGGCAAGAAUCUGAGUGGUAUUGGUAAAUUGAACGAAACGGAUGAGAGGGAGUUGCCUUCGGCGAUGAAGAAAAUGCGGGAACCGAAACUGUCGGAAUGUUCCUCUACGGAAGAAGGGGAGGAAAGUAGCGUUCAAUCGGUUGUGGACAUCGCUGCUUCAACAGUUGCGCAAAAAUCCUUCGGGACGAACGUUCUGGCAGAGUUUUUCGAUUCGUUGGAUGUGAAUAAAGCGACGCCACUUCCGCAAAUAAAGGUAAACGAUCCGGAGGAAGAGCAUGUCAAAGUGACCCCGGAGAAACGUCGAAGUUCCAAUUCACUCCAGAAUUUCUUUGAGUCGUUGAAGAAGGCCCCGAACGAGCAACAAGGUAAGGAAAAUAGGCCUCUUAGCGAGCGGAAGAAGGGUGUACGAAAGUCACUGAUUCCAAUGGUGGCUGCAGAGCGUAUCAAGACCAGAAGCUCAAAUAUCGGUAUCAAGUUGAAUGAGAACCGAGUUGCUUCCCCGAUUGUGAAACCUUCACGCAAGUCCAGCACUGUGAAGUUGAUUCCGGAUCGAUUGAAAGAGAUGCGAAAGAUCGGUCAAUCGGAUUUGGUAAAUGUGAAGCGGAAAUCGGUUAUACCUUCUACGAAAACUGUCGUUGCACAAGUUUCAACAAUCCCGAAAGAGGAACAAGUGAUUGGCGAUUCGGUUAAAGUAGGACCAAACCGAAAGUCGAUUCUUCCUGCUCCUAGAGUUGGGGCGUCUUUGAAACCAUCUACAAGUAUUGCUAUGAAACGCAAAUCCGUUGUUCCGACUGCGGUUGCGUCCCGGAAAUCGAUCUUACCGGUAAAGGCUUUCCGACGAUCUGUAGUUCCCAUUCCUCCAAAAGUCCCCUUGAAGGUUCCGGCAAAGACGACUCUCAGCAGCAGUGACACCACCCGGCGAAUUUCUCACGGAAAGCGACCCACCACAGAUUCCUCUAUCGAACCGCUGGCAAAGCAACGCAAAUCUCUCGCACCGGUCACAGAGUCCAAAAGUGAAAGCUCUCCCAAGGAGGCCACGAAACCGACUCCCCGAAUUCGACCGCCGUCUAUGGCCAGCAUUGCGCCUACCGCUUUCAAAAGACCGGAAUCAUUUACCUGUGACAUUUGCCAGCGCCCAUUCCGCCUGAAAUCAUCGUUGGAAACGCACAAAAAACUAGCCCACCAGCAUGACAUCGCUUCCCCGGGGACAUCCCUUGAAGCGGGCAAAGCUGCAGACACAAAGUGCCGUUACUGCUCUAAAACUUUCAUUAAUGCAAAAAUCCUUUCAAAUCACCUGAUUAUCAACUGCCUGAAGAUCCCGAUCCCCGACAAACGCAAACUGCUGGCUCAAAACGACCUACAGCGAGCAUCAAGCUCGAAGUCUUCCUCCACCCCUCUCAACGGUCACAUCAAACUUCCAUCCUCGGGAAGCACCGUCAAUUCGGACACGUCUGCAUCGAGCAGCAUCGGAGACACGAGUUCCAACAACGCAAGCGGGAGUGGAACCACCCAACCCACGUCAUCAACGGGAGCCAUCCGGAAGAAGGCACGAACAGUUGGCCAUACCGGAAUUACCCGCACACCGAAGAAGGAGAUGAAGUGUCACCUUUGCAACCGAAGGUUCCUGAAUGCGGUCGAGUAUGCAUUGCAUGUUCAGGCCCAUGCUAAGGGAGUGGCAUCGCUCAAAGGAGCCAGCAGUACUGAUGGCGAAGAGAACGAAAUGCAGAAGGACGAGAACAAUCCCAACGAAGGUCUGCUUCAUGCUAAAGAUGCGAACAAAAUCGUGCAAAAGUUGGUCAACUUGGGAAGGAAGUGAUCACGGAAGGGUCCGGAAAACGAGGUAGGAUGGGAGUUUUUUUUUCUAAAAGUAAAUGAAGACCAGCUGUAGGAUUGCAGGAGCCAUCUUUUGAUCUGUAAUACAUCGA